AUGGCAUGUCCUGAGGUCAACGCCGACCCAGCGUCGCCAUGCUCAGAAUGCGGCAAACUCAAGGAGGAUGUGAAGAGGUUGGGGGAUGAAAAGCAAGCACUCUUGAAAAAUGUGAAGGCGUUCAAGGAGAAGGCUAUCCAAACGAACAAAUUGGUCGAGUUUUGUAAAAAUGCAGAAAAAGAAAAAGCGGAAAAUGCUGCAGAACUGGCAAAACUAAAGAGUGAUCUGGGAAACACCGCUAAAGAUCGCGACGAGGCAGUAGCGGAAUUGAUCAACCUACGCGAAGAGAUAAUCAAGAUCCGUGAAGAGCUCAUUGUCUCGAAGCAAUCUGUUUCUCGAUUAGCUAAAACCGAAUCGGCACUGGCAAGCACAAAAGCGGAAGUGGUAAAACUGAAAGAUGCAAACAAUCACUGGCAGAGGCAGGUCAUACAACAGAAGGUGGUGAUUCAACAGUCCGAGAAUACUCUGAACAAACUUCGGGAGGAGCAUGCUCAAAAAGAUGAUCAGUUGAGAAAGCUGAAAGAUGAAAUGUGCAAGGCUAACGAGCUUCUAUGUCAAUCCGCGGAAGUGGCAUCAAAGCAAGACGCGGUGAAGGUCGAGAUGGAUACACUACGAAAGCAGUUGGCCGAAGCAAGGAUACAAGCUGUGGAGGCCGUGAAACUGGCUAAAAGUGCAGAAGAGCGGUGUACAAUAUUAGAAGAGGGGAAAAUGUCCUUAGAGAAUCAAGCUAAAGUACUUGAAAAGGGGAAGCUGGAGAUUGAGACCCGGUGCAAAGAUCAACUGCUUGAAAUUUCUCAAUUAAGAAAGAAAGAUGAAGAGAUCCACAAGCUCAAGGACAUGCAUUCAGAGAUGGAGGCGAGGAUGAAAGCAAAAGAUGCGGAGAUCCAAAAUAUGCGACAACGAGUAACGGCUGCUGAAACGUCUGGAAAGACUGAGGUACCCCGGUACAGGAAAAGCGACCAACGCAACGAUGUAAAUGAGGAUGCUGCGACGGUCCAACAGCGUUAUGACAAUGAAAUGCGACGGAUGAGGGAUCGCCUGAAAGAGUUUGAGGCGCAACUUCAAGACAAGGAGGAGACACUUCGUACUUGCAACAGUCGACUCGCUGAUGAAAGGGCCAGGCACAAGGAUGAAGUACGGCAGUUGCGGGCACAGCUCAGCAAUGCAAGCGCACAGGCCAAAGAGCCUACUGUGCAAAAGGGAAUUGAAAAACAUAUGGCACCUGAUCAGUCAGAAGACGGGGUCUCUCGCCUUGUACGACAGAUCGAUCGUUUGAGAGGUGAAAACGCAUCACUUUCGAAGCAGAAGAUGGCGUUGCAAGAGUUGGUGACUGAGCAGCAGGUGCGCCUAAGUUGCUUGAAAAGAAAACUCACAAAAGUCGACAACGAUGAGUUGCAGUCUGACCUGGAGGAGGAUUACAAAGAUCGACCUUCCAAGCGAAGGGCAACCCAAAAUUCUGUGCAGACGUUGUCAGAAAUAGUACCCACUCCGAGGUGUUCCCCUACUCCUACGGAAGACGAACUUGCUACCUCCCUUGACCUUGGAGCGUCGCCCAUCACCACUGCGAGCCGUUCUCGCGCCCCUAGCAUCGACUCCAUUAGCACAACAUCAUCCGACAGGUACAAAACAAAGCCAUUGCCUCCCAGUCGCUCCAGUGCUUUGGCUGCAAAGGAAAGAGAUACAGGAGGAGCCAAAGCACCUAGCAUGGCGGCUAAGUCAAAAGCGGCUCCCUCUGUAGAAAAGGUCAAGCGAAGGUCACGCACUAUGUCAACAGGCAGCUCUACAUCUUCGGGAGCAUCAGAACCUGUAGGAUCCUCACUGCCACCGAGAUCAAAUAGUACCCAACGUCAACCUGUGUCACGUACUGCAUCCGGGGGUAAGCGAACUUCACUGCAUGCGGACUCGGGUGGAAAAAAGACUUCAAGCGCAGGACAAACGACCUCUAAUGCAGCAGCCACGGCCUCACGUAGUACAACCGAUUCAAUCAAAGCAAGUGUACCGCCCUCCUCUAUAUCGAAGCAAGCUCGCAGGCAAUCUGCCGCUCUGGAGCCUCCAACCAAACUGCAGACAAGUGAUCUUCAAUUCAAACCCGCGGAUAAUGUCAUCUCUCCCCCGCAACCGCCUUGUCCCAUGGAAUCGUCUGACCGCCUCUUUCCCAGUCGGCAAAAGGACCUUGCCGACCUCAUGAGUAGAAAGAUCCGGAAAGUUGUACCGGCGGAGAAAGCGCAGAAAACAAAACCGAGUUCUCCUGUGGUCAGUGGCCAAGGUUCGCCAGUUGUUGAUGAUGUCACGUUCAUCAAGGACGUGCUUUUGAGCAUUGAUACGGACUCACCUGCAGCCCUCGUGGAUUUCUUCAAAAACCCGCAAAGUCGAGCCGCUAGUGACUCUUACACCCUUCAAUGCGCUUUAGACCAAUGUUGGGGACAUUUCCGGUCGCACGCUCUAUUGAUCGGAAGGGUAGGGGGUAUCACUAAACCGAGUGCACCACCCAUGUUGCGAAGCUUGCAAACAUCCGAAUAUCUGCCUGUGCGUGAACGCCACAUCAUCUUAUGCGUUUUCAGUUGGGCCGUGCGGUAUGCCAGCAAGAAACUCUUGGACAAAAUAAUGACAUGGAUCCAUCACACGCUCGUCACCACGUCGGCUACCAAACGCAGCUUGGGGCGCGCGUGUCGCAUGAUUCGAGCUUUCACAACUUGGUGUCGUUUUACAAACGAUCUGCAACGGUGUCGCGUAUUGUGUUACGACCUAUUACGAGAGGUUGGUGCUGUGAGUGAUUGUAUCAUUAUGUUGGACAACGUGAGCAAAAUGUGGCCCGAAGCGUUACGGCCGUCUGACCGGUCGGAUCCGGUUUUCGAUUCGUUUCAGGCGAUCGUUACUGCUUUGACCACUGAUGGGGUGGGCGUAUUUGACAAGUGCGAAUUGGGAACAUUGAAGGCGGGGACAUUAACACCAGAGGACUUGCUGACGAGACAGAUGAAUACAGUCUUGAAUGACUCAUCAAUUGGAUCGAACGCGCGGUUUUCCGUUGCUUUUGUCAAAUCUGUUGAACUAUGUGGGCAGCAAUUGCCUUGGGAAAAACGCUAUGCCGUGAUUCAGCAGUUGUGGGCCCAGCUCAAUGACCCCGACAAGGCACCAUUUUCACUCUCGCUCAUCUCAGGAUUAGCCAGAGGUUCCAUGGGAGAUUUCCAGCCUUUGCCAGGGGUUGAAUGGUUUAGGGAUCAGUUGGAGAAACUUUUGUCACUGAAUGACGAGAACCAGGAGAUGCAAGAAGACGUUGCGAUGGCUGUAUUGAAUUUGAGCUGGGGCAAGGUUUCAAGUUUGCGACGAGUGUGGGAAUGGGCCAACGGAAAGACUUUGGGAGGUAAUUUGACAAGGGAUUUGAAAGCUGUUGGGAGAAUUGUAAACAGAUGAGGUUCGACUCGUGUAUUAUAUACUUGGCAGUAUUAAUGACUUGUGUACAAAACAUUGGCUUAUAUUAAACGUUCCAUAAAAUUCAAGACUGGCUUAAUCUUGAGCGCACGUCCAAUACAAUUCUCU